AUGAUGGGCCAACGCUGCACGACCCUGCGACGUGGUGUGCGGAUCCCAGUCGCACCAUGUCCUGUGGCCCACGCUGCGAUAUGCGCUCUAUCAGCUGCGCCCUUGCAGCCGGUCCACCACCGCCUUGCCGGCGCCGGUCCGCUCGCCGUCGGUCCCACGCCCUAAGUGGCAGCCUGUCGCCGAUACUCUGCAUGUGGUCGUACGAUGCAUACCUG